GGAGAAAAUAUUGCUUCAAAAUGAUGGUGUCAAGACAAGGAUAAGCGCGUUUCUGCUGCAAAAACAACUUGAAAUCCAUCAUGAUUGUGUUGAAUAAACCGCAUUUGUACGACACUACGUGAUAAAAAUCGAAAUUCUCCUAGUUAUAUCCCAUUUAUUUUGUACACAACACAGUAUCGAGACCAAAAUCGAACAAAAAUCUCAUUUGAUUCUGAGAACUGAACUGACCCACUCCUGCACUGCAGAUCUCGAUCUGACAGACACAAUCUGAAGUGAAGUUCUAACUUCUUUGCCAUAUUUGUAGCUUGAGCAGUUUGUUCAUUUGCUGUUGCUAUCUUUUCCAGUCUUUUUGAUGUACCGAGAGUUCAAGAUGUUUAGAAUAGAAAUGUGACAGUUCGACUAAUGAAGACAUAGGCUAUAGAUAGAAAGAUAGUCGAUCUUACCUAAAGUCGUCAUGUCAAAUGUGGAGAACAAUGACAAUGUAAACAAUAACUUGUUUAAUUUUUUGCAAUUCUGUUUGUUGACUUAACUGGGACCGCACACACAAUUUUCUUCCCAGUUUCUUAAGUGGUUUCUGUGGUUUUGAUACCACCACUGCUGAUGAGUUGAUUGAACACAUGGUCUGCUAGUCGCUAGUAGUAUCAAGUAUGGAGUUGGCUCAGAACAGUUUCGAUAACAUGGUCAAUCAUGAUCAAGAAGAUGAUCCGUUGGAAAAUGCACAUUCGCCACAUAAUGAAAUGUCUGCCUCCGGCAUGUCUGCCUCAGACUUGGACUCGGAGGAUGAACAGCAGCAUUACGAGGAUUACGAUCCAUCACAGGCAUCUGCCGAUAUCGAUGCCAUGUCUGGAAGUGCCACAUCUGGACUUGAAGGUGCUGAGGCUGGAACGAGUAAACAAAAUGGGGACGCAACACGACAGACAGAUCGUUAUGGCUUCUUAGGCGGUGACCAGUACACCAAUCCUGAAAUAGAGAGCCGUGUGCCAGUUGAGAUUCUACGCAGCCGUGAGGUGAAAUGGUUAGAUAUGUUAGAAAAUUGGGAGAAAUGGAUGAGCAAAAGAUUCAAGAAAGUGAAAGAACGAUGUCGUAAAGGUGUGCCGCCAUCAAUACGAGCAAGAGCAUGGCAGUACCUGUGUGGUAGUAAAUAUCUCCUCGAACACAACAGAGGAAGAUUUGAGGAGUACCUCAAGUUGCCCGGUGAUCCUAAAUGCAUCGAUGACAUAGAAAAAGAUCUCCAUAGACAGUUUCCAUUUCAUGAAAUGUUUAUGAAGCAAGGCGGACAUGGUCAGGAGGAUUUGUUUCGUGUAUUGAAAGCGUACACGAUCCACAACCCUCGAGAUGGUUACUGCCAAGCUCAGGCUCCGAUUGCUGCCGUCUUACUCAUGCACAUGCCUGCCGAGCAGGCGUUCUGGUGUUUGGUGUCAGUGUGUGAUAAGUAUCUACCGGGCUAUUAUGCAGCAGGUCUGGAACAAGUGCAAGUCGAUGGAGAGGUCUUGUUUGGUCUCCUGAAGAAAGUGUCAGUGCCUAGCUACAAGCAUUUGAAAAAGCAGCGUAUCGACCCGUGUCUGUACAUGACGGAGUGGUUCAUGUGUGUGUACACGAGAACGUUACCAUGGUCGACUGUGUUACGGGUGUGGGACAUGUUCCUUUGUGAAGGUGUCAAGGUGAUGUUUCGAGUUGCGUUGGCAUUCUUCAGGUUCACCCUCGGUGUUCCCCACGCGUUAGAGCAAUGUCCGACCAUGUAUGAGACCAUGGAGAAGUUAAAACAUAUUCCUCCUGAGGUUCUACAGGAAGAGUUCUUAGUCAGAGAGACGUUGCGGUUGCCAAUCAGUGAGCGAGACAUGGAAAAAGAGCAUCAGUACCAGAUCGCCAAACGGAAGGCAGCCAAGGAGAAGGCAAACCGACCAGACUCGGGCAAGAAAAAGAAAAAGUCUAACAAGAAAAAUGCAGGGCCGGAAUCACGGAAUAAGAUGAGCUGACAGGGAACCGAGUGAGCAAUGUGAUGCAUGAUUUUAGUGCUGGUAGCUGGACAGAUUCAAAAGGCAAGAAAUGUCAAGUCUAAUGAUGAGUUGAGUUGAGCUGUUCGGUUUGUGGUUGGUGGCCAAAGCUGAUUGGCCUUUGGGCAACUCCUAAUCCAUCCAUAAUCUUUGGGCCUAUCAGGCUGAAGGCAGAGGCAUUCCUUACCUUUUGGAUUGAUGAAUGUUACGAUAACAGGUCUUGCUUGUUGAGAACGAUGUUUUUAAACCCGUAUCGAAUAAAACGAUACUGUUGGUUUGUGUUUGCCUGGUCCAAGGUUGUUCACACCCUUGUUCGAGGUUGUUUAUGGCUUUACUGCGAUGGGUCUUUGUGGUGCGAUAUCCGUGCUGUUGUAUCAUUCCAUUCAAUUUAUACGAGUAAAUUAGUGAUUUCUUGAUAUUGCCAAGUUUUGCCUCUGUGACAUGGGGGGGGGGGGGGUGGUGCAAGUUGGGUUCUGACUGUUAUGUUCAAGAGAGGGCCCCUCAGGAUUGAGCCAUCACCCCAGACGAGGCCGGGAUUUUCAAUGCGUGUGUACCUUUCUUGAUGUAUCACAAUUGACUUUAGAUAUCUGCUACCUACAUUCAUAUACUAGUUGGCCAGUAUGGUUAUUUAUGUUUAGAGGUUGCCGUUUUGAGACCUGAUGCCUGUGAAUGGCACCAGUCAUUGAAACUAUUAGGUUGAAUAUCUGUUUUGCUGAUCUGGGUGAGAGGUAGUUAGAUCUACCCAUGUUGGGUCUACCUGACCCUGGGGUUGUGCAGGUAGUCUUUACCAUACAGACUCUCAAAUAGAAUGACUUUGAGAGUUAGUUUAGCAGGAUGAAACAUUGUACUUAACUUGUUGACAAUCACGUCAAAUAGACAACAAAGCACUAAACUCCAAACCACCAUCUGAAUUGUUGAUGAUUUUAAAAUUUCGCUCCAAACUUUUUGAGGUUAAUGUGUAAAAACGAGGAAAGCAUGUAUUGGUUGACUUCUUCCUCUACAUCUUAGGGAAACAUCGCAAAGUUAUCUCGAUUAAGGCUCCAACCUGCUGGUGUAAUGAAGUCAAGAGCAGCAGGUCCUCAAUGAGAGGCUCUGUUUUCAUCCUAUAUUAGACUACAACUUGCCACUUAUUCUGUGACGAGCUAAUAAUCAGGGUUGAGAUGAUCAUGUGGCCUUGGUUAAGUGUUUAUAAGGCUAGGGGAACAAUAAACCAUUAUUUCACCACUGUAGGUACUCUGAGUGUAGCUACUAAAUGUUGUUCACAAUGAGUGGAAGCUUUGAAUGAUUUUCUCAAUUUUCUACUUAUCACUUUAUGAUCAUUUUGAUAUAUAAACAGUCAUAAUUGUGCCAUCAUAUAACGCUUGAUAAACCCUUUUCACUUGGAAGUGAAUUUGUCAAGCUUGGAAGUGGCUUGUUUCAGUCUUUUCAAAGAUAUUCCAGAAACUACUUGAUAGGUAUCUGUCUGAUAACUGUCUUGCAUUGAGGUAUCACUUUCUGAUCAAAUUCACAUCCACACUGAAAAGGCUGACUGUCUGGGUGAACGUUGUUGUCACACAUGAAUGCUUUCCAGCAGGAGUUACUUUGAAUGUUUGCAGAGUGUCCCAGUAAUGUUGAUCAGCCAACAGUCAAAUGCCGACACCUGUGGAAACAUGAACCCCACUUGAGCAGUUGUGUGGAAGUCAUUUUCAGGAGGCCAUAUUGGCAGACAAGACUGGUAACAGACCACCAAGAAGGAGAUGUGUUACACACAGCUUCUCUUGUCUACUCUGGCUCAUCCUGCUGAAAUCCAUAGUCCUUUAUAGCUGUAUCUUCAGUGGGAACAUUCCUGGGACACCCUGUAACAACGAAUACAUGUGCAUAUGUACAUGUUCGUUCAGUCUGUAUUUUAACUAGAUUACUCUGUAAAUAUGUGUAAUAUAUUUCAUGCUAACUCUGCCAGUAGUUAUCUUUAUUCAUGGAUUAUUUAUAAUUGACAGGAAUUACUGGUUGUCAUGGCGACCCAGCAGACUGGACGUCAACAACCUGAUCAGCCAAAUAUAUUUUUGUUACCAUGGUUACCAUUUCUGAUAAUCAGCCAAUUUUGAAUCUGCCAUUUGAACCAGUUGACGGAUUUCAUUUCAAUUAAUGAACCUAGUUCCAUCCUCACGUUUUUUGGCCCAAGGAUUGCCAUGGCUACAUCCAAGCCACAUUCAUAGCAGGUCAUAACCAGAAUGCAUGGAUAAGGUCACUUAUAAUGUUAGUCAUCUGUAGUCUGAGCCAAUGAACUAUUAAGAUUGCCCCACAUUUUUACACAUUUCUCUGUUAUUUUGUAAAAAAAACCAUUCAUCAUUUGUGUCUUAGGUUUAUUGAGAUGCUUCACUAUCAGUACAUUGUUCCUUGCUAACUUACACCAGGGUAUUUCCCUCUGACUGCAUUUCAGAAACAAUACGUGUGUUGUUUUCAUAGCCUAGUCAAUGGCAAACUAAGAUUUGCUGAAUUCAUUUCUUAUCUAGGACCAAAUCAAUCAAUGAAGAAGUUAUAUCAAGGCAGGUCUUUCUGAAGAUUCAGAUUUGAUUCAGUAGUUCGGUAUUUGAUAGUUAAUCAAAUUGCAUUCCAGUUUAUUUCAACAGGGGUUCGAUCCUUUAAGUGACGUUUGUUUGCAACUGCCAUAUUUACAGAACGUUUUAGGGCUGAGAUUAUUCAAGAAAAUAAUUUUGUUUGCCAGUACUUGAACCCAUAAAAUAUGCACCAGCAUCAAUCCUGAUGUGAACUUAUCACAUGUAGAUAAUUGAGGUAUAAAUGUGUGAUGUGCUUUAUAUUGUGUUGCUUAUUUCUGCUGAGCCUGACAUAGUCUUGUCUCGAUACAAUACUAGUCAAUAGUACUUCCUUUCGUGUAUAUUUUCUUAUAGUCUAUGUUUAUCAUUAUUUUGUUUAUGAAUUGGAUGUGGUUUCAUUGGUGAUAACUCGGAUGUAUUCAAGAAUAUGAAAACAUGAUGUGAUAUGAAUAAAGACUAGCAAAUGAUUUUACUCCGGUUUUGUACAGAAAGGCCUAGUGUAAAUGUACAUGGAGAUUUAGAUAAAAGCAUUUGCUAGUCUUUAUUCAUAUCACCCAUGGUCUUGGUUGAUCAUUGCCUAUGUAUCUCCAAAACCUGAGUGGGUAUCUUAGUGCUUGUCACUCAAACAUCUUACUUCCAUUCAGCUGGAGACUUUUAUGUAGAGAAGUGCAUCCUUCAUCAUUUGAGCGCUUGGAAUAGAUUCUGAUCCGAUGUCCUGUCCUUGCUGGCGUUUUGAACAGGGCUUUGUUCAGACCCUAGUGCUUUCUACACUGUCAUCCUCAGUGAAACCACUCUGUGUACUUCAGAGCUAGAAUGACUAUUAUUUACAUAUCAUUUUAUCUUCUCUUCUGUAUAGUGUCAUUAUUUAUAAGUAUGAAGAUACCGAGAAGGAGGUCGUAGAUUUGAUGGAUGAGAGUUGGUCGUAUUGUUCCUGACAGGACGAGUCACUUCUGUCAGGUGAAGGUGAAAUGUAACAUCAAUAUUCUGACAGUUUGGGACCCAUGCAGUCAUGAAUGGUCGACAACUCUAUUAACAACUGUCUCCGUCACCUCGGACAAUAUGACUGAGACAGUUGUGAAUAGGCAACUGUAUUGUAACUAAAGCUUGGUAAUGUAUGUCUAUGCUAUCCUUGGAAGAGUAAAGUACAACAGGUAUGGCACUCACAGAAGUAGAACUUUGAUACACAAUUAAAAAAAACAUAAUUGGGCAGUAGGCAUAUAAUGCUCUUUUUAAACGCCUUCAGAUUGUAGAAGAAUUUUGUACAUCAGCAGUCCAAACUUUCCAACUUGCAUCCACAUUUGACUAACUCGGACGUCUUGUUUCCUCGGCACUUGUAAGAUGGCUUUCACUGCAACGCCCUACGCUUGAUUGUGAUUGUCAGAGCAAUGUUUGUGGAGCAGUGGAUGCUCAAUACCAGGUGCUAAUUGUUUUUGUUCGUGUCACAUGCUAAGAUGGUGUUGGUCCAUAUCGUCAACCGGGACCCAUCUUACCAUCCUGAAUCGGUGAACUUUCUCUUAUUCAUCUAGAUGUGACACACUUUGUCGGCUGGGUUGCAGACACAUGUCCAGAAACGAUGCCCAAAUAACAGUACUGUCCAGCCUCCUAUCUCAAAUCAAAUUUGACCAAUUUCCAGGAUUUUUAUACCAAUCUAGAGAUAUGGACUAAACAAGUGUCAUAACUUGUCUUUUAUGUGUACAUGCAUCAUCGAUUCAACAAUAAACUUUAUGUACAUCAUCA